AUGGGUGGGGUUUUUUCAAAUUUGUUCAGUCGUCUGUUUGGCAAAAAGGAAGUUCGUAUCCUGAUGGUUGGUCUGGAUGCUGCUGGCAAGACAACAAUAUUGUACAGGUUAAAACUUGGAGAAGUUGUUACGACUAUCCCUACAAUUGGAUUCAAUGUUGAAACUGUGGAAUAUAGAAAUAUCAGUUUUACGGUGUGGGAUGUCGGUGGUCAAGAUAAAAUACGUCCCUUAUGGAGACAUUAUUUCCAAAACACUCAAGGUUUAAUAUUCGUGGUUGACAGUAAUGACACUGAUCGCAUUGGGGAAGCAAAAGACGAGUUGUUCCGUAUGUUACAAGAGGACGAGUUACGAGAUACACUUCUUUUGGUCUUCGCAAACAAACAAGAUCUACCAAAUGCUUUAAAGCCUACUGAGCUUACAGAUAAAUUAGGACUACAUCAAUUACGAAACCGUACAUGGUAUAUUCAAGGAACAUGUGCCACAAACAGUUCUGGUUUGUUUGAGGGUUUGGAUUGGCUCUGUCAAAACUUAGGUGGCAAGAAUUAA